AGCCGGAGUAGUAAAUCUGGGGAUCCCGCAAACACUAGUCUCUAUAGUCUAUAGUGAUCAACGCUUCAAACACGCUCGAUGUUUUGUGGGGUAUCUGGGGUCCCCGCGUCGGGGGCACGAGCCCUGCCUCUCUAUUAAACAGGCUAUUGCCCAAAGCUGGAGAGGAAUGCUCUGAUUGUGAGGACAGGCCGUUGACACAAGCAGCGAGCAUAGUUCGUCAACAUGCGGUCCUCUUCCGCGUUUCGUUCCAUGCUUAUCCUGUUUGUGGCAUUGGGUAGUUUCACGUACGGUUAUGCCGCGAGUAUCAUCUCGACGACCCUGGCGCAGCCUUCCUUUGUUAGUUAUUUUGCUUUGGAUAAACGACAGGAUGCGUCCAACGUGGAGGGCGCUAUCAACGGCCUUUUCCAAGCAGGGGGGCUAUUCGGGGCUCUGUCAUGUAUCGCGACGGCCGAUUGGUUGGGCCGCCGGAAGGCGAUUUUCAUCGGCGCGGUGAUAUCUGUCAUUGGGGGUGCUUUGCAGGCUGGGAGCGUGGAUAUUGCUGAGUAUAUCGCGAUGCGUUUCAUAACAGGAGUGGGAAUUGGAGCUCUGGUUGUCUUGAUACCGCUGUACCAGAGUGAAAUAUCCCCCGCGAAGAUUCGUGGUCUGCUUGUUGGCACACAUGGUGCCUGCAUAUGUACGGGAUACUCUAUAUCUAGCUGGAUUGGUCUCGGAUUCUAUUUUGUCAGUGCUUCUGGUGCUCAGUGGAGGAUUCCAUUGGCGCUCCAGUGUGUCGCCCCGCUGAUAUUAAGUUGUGGAAUUAUGUAUCUGCCGGAGUCUCCUCGAUGGCUCCUUGCACGAGACCGUACCGAAGAAGCGUACCGGUCCUUCUGUUUGACCCAGGUGGACGAUGAGAAUGCCGAUGAAGAGGCUUUUCGGAAUGAAUUCCAGUUGCUUCGUGCCCAACUUAUUCAUGAAAAACAUGACGCCGUGAGCUUUAUCGAGCUCUUCAGGCGUCCUAGUCUGAGAAAACGUUGCGUGAUUGGUUUUCUUACCAUGUUCGGCGCUCAAGGCACUGCUACGCUGGUGAUCAACAACUACGGACCGUUGCUUUAUGGCAACCUCGGCUUCGACAAUGUUCUACAGAUUGUGAUGCAGGCUGCUUGGAUCACGGUCGGUGCGUUUGGAAAUGCGAUCAACGCCCUUCUUGUAGAUCGUGUAGGAAGGGUCCGGAUGCUCAUGUUCGGAUUUGCUGGGUGCGUUAUCGCCCUGGUGGGCGAAUGCAUCACGUUGUCUAUCUUCCAACGUACGGGCCAGAAAGAAGUGGCAUCCGCAGCUGUUUUCUUUCUCUUCUUGCAUAUUGGCUGUUUCUCCAUCUCGACGGAUGCGACCUCUUACGUUUACGCAUCGGAAAUCUUCCCGACUCCAGUCCGGGCAAAGGGUCUGUCGGUGUCUAUAUCUGGCUUGUUCAUUGCGACCAUCUUAUUCCUGCAGUCGGCGCCUACUGCUUUCGAACAAAUAGGAUGGAAAUAUUAUCUUGUCUUCAUUUGUGUCACUUCGGUGAUCUUCGUUUGCAUGUGGUUAUUUUUUCCGGAGACACGGCAAAAGUCUCUCGAGGAUAUUGCUGUCCUCUUUGGUGACAGUGAAGAGACAUUGGAGACACUGGAGAAAACCGACGGUGUUGAGGAGACUCGAGUUGAGAAAGUGGAUGGAUAACAAUGUAUGAGAUAUUUCAUGGGCGAUACGUAUCUGUGUCUGAACAGAGUACUUAGUCAUAAAUGAGGCAUUAGCAAUGAUGGUACACUAAGCACCUGAGCCCGACUUCUCAUGUCAUCUGGUUAUUUAAAGGCCUAGGAGUCUCAGUGGGCAGAUACUUAGACGAGUGCAGGUCCCACUCCAACUAGAUACAGCAGAACUCCGGUGGGAUUGUACAGUAGCAUGAUAAUGAUGGAUCAUUCAUGAUCAUGCUUCGUAUGAAGUCGAAGUACACCUGGUAACCACAAAAAACGAUCUGUCUAGCCCAUUUGGAUCACCGAAA